AUGCCCUCUCGAACCACAAGGCUCUCCGACAAGGCUGCUCUUCCUUUCAAAACCUCCAACAAGCAGCGAAGACAGGAUCUCCACGUCAAGCAGAAACGUGCACGAGAUGCACUGAAGCGGGCCGAAAGAUUCAGUCGCAAGAAGGAGGAAGCGAAGAACCCGAAGCUGCGAGAAGAUCGGCUGCGGCGCAAUGUCCCCAUUACAUUGGACAAGAAACGGGUCUACGAUGAGAUUGCGGAUGAGCCUGAAGACGGUGGUCUGGGGAUGGUCUACGACGUCGAAAGGCUGAAGAGGAGGAAAUUGGCCGAGGAACAGGAGUUACAGCACGGUGGCGAUGCGGGGGAGGACACAGCGGAGGGUGAAGGAGACGAUGAUGACCACGACUCCAUGCUGGAGGAAAGCAGCGAUGAUGAGAGUGACAACGACGAGGACGAUCUCGAGCCUGCAGAUCUGGACGAAGAGACGCAAGACCCUCUGCCCUCGAAGUCUCAGCUCAGCUCCUCAAGAUCUCGACUAAAAGAUCGCGCAACUUCACCGACCCGUUCGACGACCUCGACCAACCUCUCCCUUGCGCCCGCUGCGCUCGCCGCAAAAUUUCCGACUCUCUUUUUGUCUCCUGACGCGCCUCCUCCACCGCCUCCUAAGAUUUUAAUCACCACAUCGAUAAACUCGACCUUGCACAAUGAAGCCGCAAUCCUCACCACCUUAUUCCCCAACGCAAAGUACAUCCGCCGCUCUUCCCACCGGUACGGGUAUAAAUUCUCCGUACGCGAAAUCUCGGCCUUUGCAGCCAAGCACGGAUACACGUCCGUCAUUGUCCUCGAGGAGAACCAAAAGAGGCCCUCGGGCAUGACCGUUGUGCAUCUCCCCGUGGGCCCGACAUUCCACUUUACAAUCUCGAAUUGGUAUUCGGGCAAGCAGAUUCCCGGCCACGGUCGUCCCACAGACCACGUCCCCGAACUGAUUCUGAACAAUUUCACGACCCCGCUCGGCCUGGUGACCGCUCACCUCUUCCGUUCUCUCUUCCCCGCCACUCCGGAACUCCAGGGCCGGCAGGUUCUGACUUUGCAUAACCAGCGUGAUUAUAUCUUUCUUCGCCGGCACCGGUAUAUCUUCCGCGCAAAGCGGGAGACGGAAAGAUCUGUAGUUGGCGCCGAUGGAAAGGAGAUGAGAGGCACAGAAGGCAUCAGAGCUGGACUGCAGGAACUCGGGCCAAGAAUGACUCUCAAGUUGAGGAGGGUAGAUAAGGGAAUACAGAGAGCAAGUGGCCAGGAUUGGGAAUGGAAAGCCAAGAUGGAGAAGAAGAGGACGAAAUUCCAGCUGUGA